ACACACAAAGUUCAUACUGCACUUGAACGCAGCAGAAAUCUAGCUAACAUUAUGUUAGCUUUUCCUGUACUGUAGUGCUAUGAGUUGAGGAAGACUUAAGCCAGUGCUGGGAAUGCAGCCACCUCUGCCACCUGAGGCUGUCAGAGAGCUGGUGAGCUCCUGUCUGCACAGAGACCCCGUAGCAGCGGACCUACGCUGCAGCCUGUUUGUGGCUGCUGCUCAGAGCUACAAGAGGGACUCUUUGCUCAGACCCUUCCCUCCUCGCUACAUAAGUGGUGACAUUAAGGACUUUGAGGGCCUGUUGGCAGAUGUGAACUCCCUGCCUGGUGUGAGAGAUUUGGUGCGGUUAAGGCCCAGAGAAGGAGAUCAUCAUCUGGCCCUCGUACACUGGAUUCUUUCCUCGAAGAGCUUUGCUGUGAAGACGCUGCAAAAAGAUGAGUACGCCAAACUCUGCAAGCUGACAGAAAACGAGGGGGUUUCUGCACCGGUACCAGACUUCCUGUUUGAGCUGGAGUACCCUGAUCACUUUAACACCCGGUUUGAGAAGAUGAGAGAAGGACGAGAAGUUUUCUACGCAUUCCACGGGAGCCGCUUGGAGAACUUUCAUUCAAUCAUUCACAACGGGCUGCACUGUCACCUCAACAAGAACUCGGUGUUUGGAGAGGGGACGUACCUCACCAGCGACCUCAGCAUGGCCGUCCUCUACAGUCCCCACAGCAGCGGCUGGCGUGAGAGCAUCCUGGGUCCUCAGCUCAGCUGUGUUGCCUUAUGUGAAAUCAUCGAUCAUCCAGACGUUAAAUGCCAAGUGAAGAAAAAAGAUUCUGAUGCCAUCGACAAGCAGCGCUCACGAGCCAAGAACAGCGAAGGGGGCGACGUUCCGCAGAAAUACUUUAUAGUCACCAACAAUCAGCUUCUACGAGUCAAGUAUCUGCUUGUGUACUCUCAGGGGAAACACCUGGCCAGGCAUUCUCGCAGCAGGUCGUGGCUCCUCAGACACCAUUUUGCCAUCAUGAUGAGUCUCUAUCUCCUGCUCCUCAUUUUCAUCGGUGCCUUUAACUCCACCUCGUUCGUAUCUUUCUGGAACAGACUAUUCAGGUGACAGGACAGCAUUAGGGACAGCCCCAGCUGCUUAUUAUCUGCAGUGCCUUUUCUGAUCAGAUGCCAAGAUGCAGACCUGAGCUAUGAUUAUGUUUAUGCACCUUUAACUCUACUCCUCUACUGUAAAAAUGCUCUUGUUUACUGUUAUCCAGGAUGUUUUAAAUCACAGUUAUAGCACCCUGUUCUGUAUUAAUCCUGAUGAGGCUGCUCUGUAUUUUAAUAAAGGUCUGCAAUGUUUUAACUGUAA